ACUCUCACACCACACCUUCUAAUCUUACCCUCUCUACCUCCAGAAGACACAUCGACAAACCAGAAGCCUAGCAACACCACAAGUCAUUUCCUUUUUUUUUUAACCAACCUCUGAGAAGAACAAAUUCCAAACUACUAUUCUUCAGCCGGCAGACUACAGAAAACAGCUAGGAAAACGAAACAGCAGUUGCUGAAUCUCCUCCCUUCGCUCCCCCGGCGCCCGCCGCUCCCCACGCGGUCGGCCCGUGCGCCGCCCUCCACGCUCCCCUGCCCAGCUGCAGCUCGAGUCCGGCUGGUGCGGCAGCACCCUCCCUUCCCACGACUUCUCUGUUCUCUCUCUCGGCUUCGGUCUUCCUUUCCUAGCGGCGACGACAGGGCGAGUUGCGCUGCCCGUUGUUCGUGGAGCGACGGGCGCUUCGCCGGCGACGAACAUCCGACAGGGUUAUGUCCUAUACUGGGUCCGCCCCUGAAACGGGGGAUGGCGGCGGCGGCGGCGCAGGCGGCGGCGGCGGCGCAGGUGGCGCCGGCGGCGGGGGCGGCGGCUCCUUCAGCGAGCAGAGGCUGGUCGAGAAGCUCAACAAGCUCAACAACUCAGCCGCGAGUAUUCAGACACUUUCACAAUGGUGUAUUUUUCACCGGAAGAGGGCCAAAAGGGUUGUAGACACAUGGGAAAAGCAGUUUAAUAGUGCAACGAAGGAUAAGAAAGUAUCAUUCCUAUAUCUAUCGAAUGAUAUCCUGCAAAACAGCAAACGCAAGGGAGGAGACUUUGUGAAUGAGUUCUGGAGGGUUCUACCUAGAUCACUGAAACAUGUCUAUGAAAAUGGGGGAGAAGAUGGAAAGAAAGUGGUGGCAAGAUUAAUAGGAAUUUGGGAUGAACGUAAGGUUUUUGGGACCCGUAUUGAAAGUCUGAAAGAUGAUAUUCUUGGUGACAACCCUCCUGUAUUGGAUAACAACGGGAAUAGUUCAAAUCCUACCUCUAAUCCCUCUUCAAAUUCCAAAGCUGCACGAAAGGAUUCUGGUAUAAUAGUAAAAAAACUUACUGUUGGUGGGAUGCCUGAAAAGAUUGUGACUGCAUACCAAUCAGUGCUCGAUCAACAUUUUGAUGAAGACACAGCUUUAAACAAAUGUAAGAGCACUGUUGGUGUUUUGGAGAGAAUAAAUAAAGAUAUAGACGAUGCUAGCACCAAUGGUAAUCAGCCAGCAUCAACAUUGAUUUCGAACCUUCAAGAACAGCAAAUGACCCUAAAGCAGUGCAUCGAACAACUUGAAAGUGUAGAUGCGGCGAGGAUAUCCCUGAUCAAUCAAUUAAAAGAAGCUCUCAGCGAACAGGAGUCAAAGUCAGUGGUUCUUCGGGGUCAGUUGCAAGUUGCUCGAGCAGAGGCUGAACGUGCCAUUCAACUUAGACAACAACUGGGUAGUGCCCUUGCCACAAGUGGCACACAAUCUAGUUCUAGUCCUCUCAUGAUUACUCCACCAGAGCAAACAGCUGCUAUGAUGCAGGGUUCUGGAGUAAGGUCGACACCUCCAAGGCCACAGCCACUGAAUCCAGCAACCUCACUCCCCCCUACAGUCAGUGCAGUGGGUGACGAGUCCAAGAGGACGGCAGCAGCUAUGGCAGAUAAGCUUGCAUCUUUGUCAGCACCUGCGUUUCACUCCCUUAUCUCAUCUCUUGCUGCUGAGCAAGCUGCUUCCAUAAAUGGUGGAUCGCCUUCAGGAGAAUUCUCUGGAGGACCACCUGGCUUCCAGAUUGAAAAGAGGCCUAGGAUUGAGAAAACAACACAGGCCAGUGAUAUGGGUGCUCCUCCCUUUUUUGGGCAAGCGCCACAGGUGCAACAGCAGGUUGGAGGAGUGCCUACUUCUCUUGGAGGCACGCAACCACAAACGCCAGGUCCAUUCCCACCACCGCCGCCGCCACUGCCAUCUAUAUUGCCACCGCUUCUGCAACAAUUUGCUCAAAAUACUGGAGGAAUGGUCGGAGUGGGAGGACCUUUUGGGAUGAUGGCUGGCUCAAUUCCACCUCCGCCUCCAUUGUCGCUGCCGGCAGGUUUCCCGGGACUAAGUGGGCCACCUCCUCCACCUCCACCUCCACCAGCUCAGAACCAGCCCCAGCAGCAGCAGUCUCCGCAGCCACCACAGCAAUCACCAACAUCAGCCGGAUUCUUUCAAACAUCAAGCAUGGGGUUCUUUCCGCCGGUGCAGGUGCAGCAAUCUCCAUCUGCCCAACGACAGUGAUUCAACGGCAGCAUGGCAUUCAUCAGGCUAUAAAGGCAGCACCUUGUGCUAACUUUGUACAUUAAACAAUAAUCCCUGAGUAUCGAGCUUAUAUGUGACUCGUCCUACAAGCGAAGCAGGACCAAUGGUCACGGAUUAGAAAGAUCUGUAGAAUAGGCAUGCGGUUUGUGAUGUAGAACUAAGUUCCUUUUGGUUCGAGGAGUUGUUUGACUCCUCAUGGUCAUAUGAAGUAGUUAGACUUCGUUUUUCCCCCUUUGCAUUGAUCUUUUGAGGCAAAAGAAACCGACGUUGGCAUUGAUGCUUAAGAGUUGCCCACUGUUAGAACAGUUUUUGGGCUGAAACAGCUGUAGAACUCACUUUGGUAUGAUGUGAACUGCAAAUAUUUGUCAUGUCGUCGCUUAAAUUUAUUUAUUAUUAUUAUUUUAAUCA